UAACGCCGCGAGCCAGCGACGACGCACCGUGCGGGGGCCGGGGGAAAGGGAUGCCGCGACGCCAGCGCGCUGCAUGCGAGCGGCAGCGGCGACACUCGCCGAUCGCAACGGCCGAGCGCAGUCGUUUUUUUAUUAUUUUUCGUUUUCAUUAAUUAUUGUCAUAUUUUUCGUUUAUUCUUCAAUACAAAAUCACAACCACAAGCAAUUCGUUUUAUUGACCAUAAACAUUGGUCCUUCGAGCCGGAUUUCGCCAGAAACUUCGGAAGAAAAGUGGUAAAGCACGUGGUUGUGAAUUAGGUUUCGAAGUGUAUCAUUACCGUGUAUUCGUUUAUAGUGAGUGAGUGUACCAAUUAUUAUUUUUCUCUACAUACUCCGGGUGAUACUUGUAAGUACUUUUCCUUUGUCUUAUAAACAACCAUCAACAUGGGUCGAGAUUCGGAGUUGCGUGAGUUGGUUAGGAAACGAGGUAAUCUUCGUGGUAGGCUUACUUUAUUUGAAAAAUAUAUAAAUUCACUAGAUAAAACCAAUAUAUUAGAACAACAGGUCGUCGAAAUAAAAUUACGUGUGGCUAACACCGAAACGAUAUUUAGCGACUUCCAGGAAGUUCAAAGUGAGAUCGAGGGUUUGAGUGAUGAGCCAGAGUUAUCAACACAAUUAGAGAUUCGAGAAUCCAUUGAAUCACAAUUCUACAGCAGUAUGUCGUUAGCUAAGACGUGUAUUUGUAACAAAGGUGACGAUAACAUCACCAAACCUACGAAAGGUAACACUAACAGCGUCAAAUUACCUACCAUCACGUUGCCUUCCUUUGACGGUACAAUCGAGAAUUGGCUAGAAUUUCGCGACACGUUUACAUCUCUCAUUCAUAACGCAACGGAAAUUACACCUAUUCAAAAAUAUCAUUACUUACGUUCUUCAUUAAAAGGAAGUGCCUUGCAAGUAAUAAAAUCAUUGGAUUUUUGUUCGGAUAACUACGCAGUGGCUUGGGAAUUACUAACUAAUAGAUUCGACAACAAUAAAUUAUUAAUUAACAAUCAUGUACAAUCGUUGUUUACAUUACCUACUAUAAGUAAAGAAUCACCCGUUCAACUUAGAAAAAUAAUAGAUUCAGUACUUAAAAACUUAAGGUCAUUAAAAAACUUAGGCGAGUCCACAGAACACUGGGACACGUUAGUCAUCUUUCUAAUAACAACUAAACUCGAUCCUAACACUUGCCAAAAAUGGGAAGAUAAAAAGAACACCUUUGAAAAGGACUACAAACCUAAGUUAGAUGAUAUUAUUGAAUUUUUAAAAAACCGUUCAGACGUCCUUGAUAUGUUAAAGGCUCAAGGACAUAAACAAAAUACCGAUUCUCCAAAACGAUCUAUAAUUAAUUCAUCCCAAAGUCAACAAAUGCGUAGUUUUGUCGCUAACAAACAGCUGACUCGCGCAAGUACGUCCGCGGCAAAAUCAUCGCGCGCUUUUAAAUGUAUUAUGUGCGACGGAAGCCACGCGUUGUAUUCGUGCAUUACAUUCCUUAAUUUAUCUGUCCAGGAUAGGCUUACGUUUGUUCAAAAUAAAAGGAAUGUAAUAUGCACGAAUUGCUUACGUACUGGACAUGCAUUAGACGAUUGUCAGUUUGGUCCAUGCAAACAAUGUGCGCAGAAACAUAACAGCUUAAUUCACGUUGACAACACCGCGAGUUGUAACUCACUUCGUUAUAUUCCUACGCUAACGCACACUGACGCGCCAGCUAACAACGCGACGGACAGUGCACAUGCGAACACAUCUUCGUUAGGUACAAACUCUAUCACUUCUUAUCACUCGAAACAAGCCGUGCAGUCUAACACAUUAGACCAGGUUCUGCUUUCAACAGCUCUCGUUGAAGUCUGUAAUAAUAACAAUACAUACACAGUUGCGCGCGCCCUGCUCGAUAGUGGGAGCCAACGAUGUUUUGUUACAGAAUCGUUAUGUAAAAAAUUACACUUACCUACUAUACAGUCCACUCUCAAUAUAUCGGGGAUAGGUAACAGUGUCAUGUGUUCAGAACAGUCCUGUGACCUUGUCAUACGUUCGAGAUUUAACGAUUUUAGUAGACGUUUAAAUUGUUCCGUUUUACCUAAAAUUACGUUUUGUUUACCAAAUAGUCGUUUAGAUUUCAAUUCGUUUCAAAUCCCGCAAAACGUUAAACUUGCGGACCCAGACUACUAUGUACCCUCUGAAAUAGAUAUUUUGAUCGGAGCGGAUGUGUUCUGGGAUUUACUACAAGUAGGCUUAAUUCGUUUACCUACCGGGCCUUACCUACAAAAUACGCGUUUAGGGUGGGUUAUUUCGGGUACGGUUUUAGGUAAGAAAGUAUUAUCUACUAAUAACCAAACAAGUAGUAAUAAUAAUAUAAUCUACUGUUCGUUGUCAACGUCACUCGAAGGUCAGUUGAAACGUUUUUGGGAACUAGAGGAGGUUGACAGUGGCAAAUCGAGUAAUAAUACUUACACCGAAGACGAUAGGUUGUGUGAAGAUCUAUUUACUUCCACCACCAUUCGUGAUUCUGAAGGUAGAUUCGCAGUUCGAAUCCCGUUACGUGAAUCGGCUGACUCGCAUGGCGAUUCGUAUGAGUCAGCGAAGAAUAGGUUUCUUUCCUUAGAAAGAAAGUUAGAUCGUUCGCCGGAACUAAAAGGCAUGUACUCCGAUUUUCUUAAGGAAUACCUAGCAUUGGGGCACAUGACGCGUAUUGAUAGAUACCUACCACCGUACUACUUCUUACCACACCACUGCGUUCAACGGGAAAGUACCACUACAAAGCUUCGCGUAGUUUUCGACGCCGGCGCACAAACAUCGUCAGGAAAGUCGUUGAAUGACCUACAGCUGAUCGGUCCUCCGUUAUUAAACGACUUAGUAGGCAUUCUUCUCCGUUUUCGACAGUAUACUUUCGUUGCAUGCGCUGACGUCGAGAAAAUGUUCCGACAAGUACUCGUGCAGGCCGACCAACGUCAACUUCAGCUCAUUUUAUGGCGGGAUAGUAAACAAGAGCCGUUAGGUAUAUAUCAGUUGAACACCGUGACCUACGGCACCGCCUCAGCUCCGUACCUCGCGAUGAGGUGUUUACGACAGUUAGCGUUCGAAUGCGAUGACGAACUAGUUUCGUCUAAUGUAUUAAAUUCAUUUUAUUGUGACGAUUUGAUAUUUUCUCAUGAUAAUAAGCAGGAGUUGUUGACGUUGUGUGAAAACAUUAACAAGACCUUACUUUCAGGUUGUUUUCCAUUACGCAAAUGGUCGUUUAACUUUGAUGUCAGUCCGUCGGAUAGUUUCACAAAAUCAUUAUCACUUGACAAGAAUGCGCAAUGUAAAACACUAGGUUUGGGUUGGUGUAAUAGUAGCGAUGAAUUGCAUUUUAAAACUAAUUUAAAUAUCGAUGUUGACGUUUCACAACUAACUAAAAGAAAAAUCCUCUCGUUUAUAUCUCAAAUCUAUGACCCGCUGGGGUUAUUAGCGCCAGUUAUAAUUACUACAAAAAUACUUAUACAAAAGUUAUGGCUUUAUAAAAUCGGAUGGGAUGAUCCUGUGUCUUCUGAUUUGGCGUGUUUAUUUAGUAAAAUUGUCAGUUCUUUUCAAUACUUACCUCAAAUACGCGUUCCGCGACACGUUACCACGAAACACGUACAAUACCUACAGUUGCAUAUAUUCACCGAUGCUUCACAGGACGCGUAUGGCGCCUGUGCGUACAUUCGUAGCGUUAGUACAUCUAAUGAACCCGUCGUUAAAUUGUUGUGUGCGAAAAGUAAGGUCGCACCUCUGAAGCCGGUAAGCAUACCGCGACUCGAGUUGUGUGGCGCGCUAGUAGGCGCGCGUCUUUAUAAGAAGAUUAUUGAAUCCAUUAAUUUAACAUUUAAUAAUACGUAUUUUUGGACAGAUUCAACUAUUGUUUUAGGUUGGUUGCGUACUCACCCUAUUGCGUUGAAAACUUUCGUUCAAAAUAGAGUAGUCGAAAUUAAUGACUUGACUUCUGGUUGUACCUGGUCACAUGUAAGCGGCGUACUUAACCCAGCUGAUAUGUUAACUCGCGGGGUAAACUUACCUGAACUAGUCCACAAGGACUUGUGGUGGAACGGUCCCGGGUUCAUUCUCGACGGUAACCUAGAGAAAUAUAACUUACCUGACAUACCUAGUGACUUACCUGAGUUGAAACCUGACAAAGUAGUUGGUUUACAUGCGUCGUGCAAUUCGUUUCCUUUUGACAAAUUUUCUUCUUUCGUUCGUAUGACACGAUGUGUUGCGUAUAUGUUGCGUUUUAUUCACAACACUCGUCAUAAAACUAAUCACAUACAAGGUGCGUUAUCAGUCGAGGAAUUACGUAGAUCUACUAUUCUACUCGCGAGACUAAGUCAAAUAGAUUCAUUCCCGGAUGAGUAUAAGUCCUUAUCGAUUAAAUCGUCAAAUAUAAAAUAUUCGCGUAAUAUGUCGGGACUUAAUUUAUUUUUCUGUGAUGAUUUGGUUAUUAGAGUGGGAGGUAGGUUGGGUAACUCCGAUGAGUUUACCUACGAUAAAAAGCACCCUAUACUAAUCUGUAGUAAACAUAAGUUUACUUCGCUUUUGUUUGAGUUCAAGCAUAAAUACCUACUUCACGCGGGUCCGCAAUCGUUGCUCGCUACCAUCCGCGAAGAAUGGUGGCCACUCGGUGGUAGGAAUUUAGCUAGGUCUACAGUUCAAAGGUGUUUGCGUUGCGUUAGAAUGAAAGGUAAAACGUUAAGCCCAAUAAUGGGCAACUUACCGUCUAGCCGGUUGAAACCGGGUUUUCCGUUCUUGAUCACGGGCACAGACUAUUGCGGUCCUGUUCACAUUUUGAACCGUCAAGGCAAGGGUUCGCGGUUAAUUAAAUGUUAUAUUUGUAUUUUUGUUUGUUUUGCUACUCGAGCGCUCCAUCUCGAACUGGUGACAACUCUGACAACUAAUGGGUAUCUUCUAUGUCUUAAGAGAUUUAUAUCACGCAGGGGUAAACCUGCUGUCAUUUACUCAGAUAAUGGGAAAAAUUAUGUAGGUGCUGCCAAAGAUUUAGGAGAUUUUCUAGCUAACAAUUCAGCAACGUUGAUGGAUAGCAUGGCUGGGGAUGAAAUUUCUUUUAAAUUUAUUCCUCCCUACUCGCCUCAUUUUGGUGGUUUGUGGGAGGCAGGAGUACGGUCUUGCAAGUAUCACCUGCGACGCGUUGUAGGUAACAGUAACCUCACGUUUGAGGAAUUCUACACGGUAUUGGUACAAAUCGAGGCCGUUCUCAACUCGCGUCCGCUGACACCUCUAUCAAGCGAUCCCAAUGACCUGCUGGCAUUGACACCGGCACACUUUUUGAUUGGUCGUCCACUCACCACACCAAUCUGCGAGGACAUCACUGACGCUGCCACCUACCGCUUGCCGCGAUAUGACCGUAUCGAACAAAUGCGCCAACAUUUUUGGCAGAGAUGGUCAAAGGAAUUCGUUAGCGAACUACAAACUCGCACUAAGUGGCAGAAGAAUAAAGGCGAUUUGAACGAGAACACACUUGUUCUUAUUAAAGAAGAAAACCAGCCCCCACUGAAGUGGCGACUAGGACGAGUGUUGGCGGUACACACCGGUAAAGAUGGCGUUUCUCGAGUGGCCAAAAUCCGGACAGCUUCGGGAGAAAUCUUACGCAGCUUCAGCAAGAUCUGCCCACUGCCUGUCGACAUCACUCCUACUGAAAACCAAGUUUCCAGGGGGGGAGCAUGUUAACGCCGCGAGCCAGCGACGACGCACCGUGCGGGGGCCGGGGGAAAGGGAUGCCGCGACGCCAGCGCGCUGCAUGCGAGCGGCAGCGGCGACACUCGCCGAUCGCAACGGCCGAGCGCAGUCGUUUUUUUAUUAUUUUUCGUUUUCAUUAAUUAUUGUCAUAUUUUUCGUUUAUUCUUCAAUACAAAAUCACAACCACAA